AUGGAAGUAAGAGAUACCCGAGCACCAUCACAUUUGAUCUUCCUCAAGCGACAUACUUGGCCGGCGUUUACGACUCUCGGCCUCUGUUUGCGUCAAGGUCCUGAUGGUCUGUGCUGGUCAAUCACCACUUCGUCCAUCACUUCUGUAUUGGACAGUUGGGGACGACGAGUGCUGCCCAUCAGGGCUAUCUGCCUGAUUGAUAAUCAGAACGUGCACCAAUCAGAUUCUUCCCGUCGCGAUGAUCCACCUGCGGAGACCCAUAGCGGGAAGCGAUUUUACUCGUUGGGAAUUUCCACUUCCCGCGAGUUGGCCAAUGAAAGAGCAGUCUGUCUUUAUGCAGAGGACUACAUCAAACAAUCCAAAGGACUUACAGAUAACAAUGGAAAGUCCAAUGAAAGGUCAAUCGACUCAGUAGCCCGACAUGAUUCUCGUGAAUGA